UUGUACGAUCGUAUUAUACGAUCCAGAGGACAAAUCAGAUACCACGAUUCAUAUAUGAUUUUCAUACGAUUUGGUACGAUUUUGUCUGAUUCAGAUACGAUCUUAGUACGAUUCUUCGACCUGGGUAAUGAUAUUAAUUCUUCUCUAUAAAUUCUUUUUAUCGGUUGUGAUGAUUCUUCAAUACGCCGUUUUAAAUUCAUUUUAAAUUCUUCCACUUUACAUUUAUUUUCAUCAUCACUGUGAUUGUGCGGUUUCUUCAUAAUUGGUGGACCCAUAUUGUAUAGCACGCCCAGGACACGAACGGUCUUCACAUUUUCAAUUAAACAGUAGUAUUCACAAUUUUGUCUUGGGUAUAACAAAAAAAAUGUCAAGUAAUAAAAUUUGUUUUUUACGCUUACUUUCAACAAUAGAUAACAUGAAAUACAGUGCGAGAUACAUCAGAGAAAUCAUUGUUUUAAAGUUGAAUACAAGUAGAAUAGAGUGAUUAAUUUCCGUUUCAUUUAGAAUAUUUCGGGAUUCUUUUUAAUUAAUCUGUUUAACAAAAUCUUAUUAAUUAGAAUAAUUUAUAUUCUACUUCUAGUUUUAUUUUUUGACAAAACAGAAACACUAGAAAAAAAAUUUUUUGACGAAACGAGAACUAACCGACUUAAAUUAGCUACUAUCUUCACUUUUCGUUCUAUCAGUUUCUCCUACAUCGUGUAUAAUUUUUUAAAUGUAUUAGACAAUUAAAAUCACAGAAGUAACAAGUCCAACAGCUGUACUGAUAAACACAUUUGGUGGUGAAUAUAAAGCAGUUAGCAAUAUGGCAAAACGCUAUAAACAAUGGGAAGAAACCUACAAUGCAACUUUUCAUUAUGUAUCAGCUAGUCCUGAUCAGUUGUACCCAUUUUUACGUGAAUUUUUUGACCGUGAACAAUUUCCAUCUGGUUCAGCUCAUUUGCGACAUUUCACAUGGUUCGAUACAAAUUUUAUCAAAUUCUUUAUGUCUCAAUCUUACAUACGUCAAAAAACGGAAGUGUUAAAGAUGUUUAUGGAUCAAACACGUUCAAGAUAUUUUGUAUUAUUGGGUGAUAUAUUUCAAAAAGAUCCAGAAAUUUAUGCACAAACUUACCAACAAUAUCCUGAACGAAUUGUUAAAAUAUUUAUUCGGAAAUAUUCAAAUGAUGACAAAGGACAAAAACGUUUAGAACAAGUAUUUGCACAAAUUCCACGAGAAAAAUGGCAAACAUUUGAAAAUGGAAAUGAUUUACCAGAAAGAUUUAAAAUUGAAAAAUAA